CUCGAUAAAAGUCCACAGAUCCCCUUCGAAUCCGAGAAAGCGAGUUACAACAGACAUGGCGCCCAGCAUGUCGUUGCACAGCGUGAUCGCAAUCUUGAUCCUGUCAACAGACACCUCACCAGAAUCCUCCCGACUGUUCGCCAAAUACUAUAGUGCUCCUCAUACCUCUGCCAUGCACCCCACCCCUCCGCAGCCAUACAGUACCCUCAAAGAACAGAAAGCUUUCGAGAAAGGCUUGCUAGAAAAGACGGCAAAACAAACCUCGGACGUCAUUCUGUAUGACAACAAAGUGGUAGUUUUCAAGAUGGAGAGCGACGUUAUGAUCUAUGUGGUUGGCGGUCAAGAAGAGAACGAGAUCCUUCUAUACAAUGUCAUAUUGGCGCUCAGAGACACCCUUAGCAUUCUACUCAAGAACUCGACCGACAAGAGGACGAUCAUGGAGAACUACGACCUAGUGACUCUGGCAAUUGAUGAGAUAACAGACGAUGGCAUUGUGCUCGAGACAGACCCGGUCAUGGUCGCUUCGAGAGUAUCUAAAGCACCUGCGCAAGAUGCACCGAACAUGAAGAACCUUGAUCUCAGCGAGCAAGGCAUACAAAACCUAUGGGAGUUUGGCAAGAAGCAGGGCAUGGAAUUUGUUAGGAGAAACUUAUGAUUUGGGUGUCAUCAGACUCAGCUGGGCCCGCGGAAAGAGGCUGCUUAUUCGGCGUCAGGGACAAUACGGCUGUGGAGAACAGUAUGGCGUUGCAAUUCCAAUAUGAGGGCGGGAAAACGUUUAGAGAUACGAAGCCAGAAGCAGGGGCAGAAGCGGUGUUAAUGCCCGUGCAGCAAUCCGGGGUUGCCAGUUGGCUUUGGCAGCCUUGCGGGCGCGGCUCUUGGCUGUUUUUAGAAGUCGAUCAGGCUGAUCACCCCCUAGGAAAGCACGAGUUCUCGGUGAAUCAUUCACCGACGUCAUUUUGCCCUUCCUGCACAAAGUCAUACAUUUAUUUCCAUGCGCAUG